CCUUUAAAACGUAAAAGAACUUAUAAGAUCAUUAUUCUUGGAGACUCAGCUGUUGGAAAAACAUGUCUCACCUCCAAAUUUUGUCAUGGCAAGUUUCCUGAAAACCCUGAAAGUACAGUUGGAUUGGAUUUCAGAGAAAAAAAUGUCCAAGUAGCCAAUGAAUGCAUUAAAAUUCAAAUAUGGGACACGGCUGGCCAGGAGAGGUUUCGAAAAAGCAUGGUGCCACAUUAUUAUCGAAAUGUACAUGCAGUUAUUUAUGUUUACGACAUCACUAGAAAAUCUACUUUUGAUAAUAUAAUUUCUUGGAUGGCCGAAUGUGAAUUGCAUAAUCCUGGAAAACAGAUUCCAGCCGUUCUUGUUGGUAACAAAAGAGACGUCCCUCCUCAUCUCAGAGAAGUUCACUCACAUGUUGCUAUGUCUUUUGCUAAAUUACAUGAAAUGGAAUUUUUUGAAACCUCACCGAAAGAU